UUGUGCAGACAUAGACAGCCGUCAUCUUUUUGCUGUCGUGCGAAGGUGCACGCACGAGCGAGCGCGGCCGGGGCUCCGAAGGCUAAUUGCCGUAAUAAGGCGCGCAAGUUGGCCAUCAGCUUGCACGUUUUUAUGAGCGAGUCGUCAAGUCCUGUGCCGCAUCGAGGAGGUUUCAGGGGCGGAGGAGGGAGCUUCGCUGCCACACAGGAGACGCUGGCAGCUCAUCAUCGCACGGGCCAGCCGGUCACUGAUGCACUGGAGCAUUCGUCAUCCAGCCGGCCACAACAUAUGGGAAUACAACAAGGCGAGCUUGUGGUCACACCUGGCCCGGGGAGCACCGCGAGGGACCCGCGCAGCGAGCGCCUUUGCAUCCUCGUCUCCAUCCCUCCGACAGCCCAUGUGACACCGGCGCUGGCAUCUCAUUGACACAGAAAACGGAAAAUAAAAAGCCUCCAGAGAGCUUCUGCGGCUGAUGGUGGCAACACACGUCCACACCACAAGCCCGCGCAUCACGCCUCAUGGACGACGUGUCGACAGGCGCUGGAGAAGUUCAAGCUGGCACACUUUAAAGAACUGCGUCGGGGGGGAGGAACAGGGCAAAUGGCACUGACAAAAAGGGCGGAGGUCACAGGAGUCCACAUCGCUGCAGCAAUUUGAGGCUUGAAAAAAAGAUCAGAUAGAGAAACAAUCCAAAGCCACCAUAAUGGCACCUUCUGGUGUUGCUAAAUUGGGGGCCAGGCUCCCAUUGCUUUUCCUGUGCUUGACACUGUGUGUUGGCCUGCUUGAGUUCUCUGCAGCCACGAUACAAGGAUACAUAGGAGAAAAGGACACAAUAUGCCCAUCUGUGUGUAGAUGCGAUGAAGACUUCAUCUACUGCAAUGAUCGUGGCCUGAGCUCUAUCCCCUCACUGCCUGCUUCUGCAUCAGUCCUCUACUUUCAAAACAACCAGAUAAACAACCCAGGUCUUCCCACUUCCCUGGAGCGCCAGCUUACUGUACGUGUCGUCUACCUUUACGAUAAUGACCUAGAUGAAUUCCCCAUGCACUUGCCACCAUCGGUCCGUGAGCUACAUCUACAAGACAAUAACAUCCGCACUAUUCCACGUAGUGCCCUGGCUAGGAUGCCGCUUCUGGAGAAGCUCCACUUGGACGACAAUUCUAUUUCCACUGUCAGCAUUGAGGAUCAGGCUUUUGCAGACAAUCCACGGUUGCGCCUACUUUUCCUUUCCCGCAACCAUCUGUCUAGUAUUCCCUCAGGAUUGCCUGCCUCUCUGGAAGAACUCCGUCUAGAUGACAACCGAAUCUCCACUAUCCCUACACACGCCUUCCGUGGCCUGACCUCACUAAGAUGUCUUGUCUUGGAUGGGAAUCUCUUGGCAAAUCAACGCAUCGCUGAUGACACAUUCUCACGUCUCUCCAACUUGACAGAGUUGUCCUUAGUUCGUAACUCCCUUCAGACCCCGCCUGUCAACCUUCCCAGUGCCCAUCUCCAGCGUUUGUCUCUGCAAGAGAACGCUCUGAUUCACAUGCCCCGAGGUUCGUUGGAUGGCAUGCACAGGUUACAGAGGCUGGACCUUUCUGGAAAUAACCUAACCACGCUGCCGCGGGGAUUGUUCAAGGACCUGGAUAACUUGGGUCAGCUGCUGGUACGAGGCAAUCCUUGGCACUGUGGCUGUAACCUGCGCUGGUUGUAUGAUUGGUUACAUGCCCGAGGAAACUCAAUCACCGUUAGAGGUCUGACCUGCCACGGUCCCGACAGAGUACGAGACAUGGCCUUGAAAGACCUCACGAGUGAGAUGGAGGAAUGUGAGCUGGUGAAGACAGCUGGGACUAAAGACAGAGCAGGCGCUGCAGGAGUGGAUAGUUCUACCACCAACACACCUCCACAAGGCUCACUCUUCACCCUCCGUUCAAAGCGACCCGGUCUUGGACUGCCUGACUCCGGCUUAGACUACACUCUUAGCAGCAGUGGCGUUGGCAAGAGUUUGGCUCUAAAUGUAAAGCCUCUCUCUCACAGCAGUGUUCGUGUAACCUGGAGUGUUGCACAGCCAAGCUCUUCCUUCAGGCUCAGUUGGCUCCGACUGGGUACCGGUAACGCCAUGGGAUCCAUUACAGAGACCCUGGUCCGGGGUGAUCGUAGAGAAUAUCUUCUCACCUCCUUGCAACCACGUUCUAGCUACAUCAUCUGUAUGGUGCCCAUGCCUGCCAGCUCAGAGAGCAAAGGAGGGAUUUCAGGAGAAUCUGACUCUGAUGAAGCUCUUGUGUGCGCAAAAGCUGAAACUUCUGAUCCCAGCCCAUUGGAAGAAGAGGAAGACGGUGAUUCACAGCCUAUGACGGUGUUGCCCUUGGCAGGGAUCAUUGGUGGCGCAACUGCCAUUGUAUCAUUGGCGCUUCUUUUUGCCAUCUUCUGUUGGUACGGACAUCGGAGUGGGCACAUGUGCUCCCGAGACCAUUACACUCGCAACAGCUCCCGCAAAAGCAAGAAUUAUGACGACUACAUCGAGUCGGGCACCAAGAAAGACAAUACCAUCUUAGAGAUCCGUGGACCGGGGUUUCAGAUGACACCAAUGGCCGCAUGUCAGCCAAUACAACCUAAACCACUACAAGAGGAUUACAUCAUUCAUACCAUAUUCCCAUCCAAUGGCACUGGCCUGUACAAAGGUGCCAACCAUAUUUCUAAUGCAAGGCAAAGCACCAACCGGGGUUAUAGAGAAGGGGGGAUCCCAGAUAUAGACUACUGUUACACAUGAUGUACUGUACCAGAUCUUCGCCACAGAAUCAUUGGUAAACUGUAUAAAUGCACAAUUUCCCUUCGCAUGGACAUUUCUGAAGCACCCUUCUGUGCCUUCGACUUCUGGUCUCCCAUUCCAUAACACCUGUGGUUUUCUGCACUCCAAGUACAGUAUGUGAUUAUCUGGACCUAAAACUGUGGGGGGAACUCUUCACAUCAGGAAGCAGACAAAACAUCCUGUGUGUCAAUACACAGUGGACCGUUUCGUCACCAUCUUAGUAAUGGCCUGUGUAUGUUACUUUACGCUCUGCUCCUUCUCUUUAACAUGUAAGCAAAGAAUGUAUACUUUGGGGAAAGUGGAGUUCUUCCUCCGGAUAAAGAAAUUGUGACGAUGAACAGACAUUUUAGGUUCUCCCUCUCACUCAUGAGUUACAGUAUAAAAUCUUAUGAAGUCAUUGAUCCGAACGCCUCAAUUCUCUCGUUGUGCCCUACCGUCUAUCCUAGGAAAGGGCUUUGUAAAGCUGUGAAUUGUUCGAAUUCAAAAACAAAAUAACCACUUGUCUUAAAGUAAGCUUGUUCUGACUUUAUUCCGUUGUGGGCGGGUCGAAGAUCUUUUUGUGGCUGCUCAACCUCGGUCAUACCUCAGAUCAUUCACCUGAGUUCAGUAAUGUUGUGUUGCAGUGAUGGGAUGUAACACAAAUGUGUAGAUAAUUAAAUUUGACACCAACUGAUUUGCUGUUGUUAUCUGUGAUUUUUAGAUAUCACACCAUCCUGCACAGCUCUUUAUGUAUUUAAGUAGUUCCACAUGUGUUUUUUGUGUAUGUUUUAUUUGUCGAUGAUGAAAAUUGUUCACCUCCAUAGUUGCCAUUAAUGAUGACACACAAAAAAAUAAGUUUCCAGGUUGAUAUAUGACAUAUAUUCUUUAAAACAGACCCUACCACAGGUGUUAAGUGUUGUCCACUGAGUGAAACUCAAGGCAACAACCUUAACUCUGUGUUUCCCUGUCUGGGAUCAGUUGUUGACUUCCAUAUUCUGAAACCAAAAAAAAAAUAGACAAAAUACUUCAUUUGGGGCUGUGGUAUGAGACGGAAAAAUAAAGCCAGCCCAGCAGUGGACGAGAGGACGGACUGCUGGGGUCGUUAAAAGAUGUGGUGACGCGGAUUGGAUGAGUGGGGGUUUAUUGGUGUUUGUUUUUGCGACGGUAAGAGACCUCCACUCCUCCAACUCCCAACGUUUUUAUUACCUAGCGGCACUGAAAAUGUAUUAGCACUUAGCCGAGGAGAGGAGUAAAUCUAAUGAGAGUCGCUACAUCUCCGGGCGCUGACAAACACGCAGAAUUGAUAGCUUUGUCACCAUGAAGCUCAGCCAUGCAUUGAUAUGUUUGUUAUUCACAACUUUUCCCCUUGGGCUUAAUGUUGUUUACUGUUGGUGUUACUUCAAAAAGGGGAACCCAACUGUGCUUCCUUGACUGUUUUGUCAUGUCAAAGUUUUACAGUGGUCUCUGACAACAUGUCAGGGAGAUUUAUAUUCCUUGUUGUUCCCAGAAUCUCCAUCAAACACCAUGCAGUCAUAAUACAUAUUCCAUAUGGAUGUGCAUACUAACUGAUUGUUUUUGGAGAGGCACUUAUGUUGAUGGGGUGCACCACUUGGCUGCAACCAGCAGAGGUGCUGUUGAGUUAGUCUCCACGAGUUUGGCCUCCGUUAUUGCACAACUCCUACAUGCAGCGCACAUCUGCUCACUGCAGCACUUCAGGACAUUGAGAAAGUGAUUCUCUCAUCCCGUUAAAAACAAUACAACGUUUUCCCAAUUGUUCAAAGCGUGGAUUUAUUUGAAUGCCCUUCCCUGAGACAUACAUUCUCAUUUGUACAAAUGAAUUGUGGCCACAAUCAGAUGAAUAUUUACCUGUGAAUUCAUAGAAGGUAAAAGGUGCCAUACAUGUCUAUGUGGAAUUCAGAUUUGUGCUCUAUAAGUCACUCAUAGAAUGGAAUCAAUAAAGGUUUUAUAAUCUUGUUAUUACUGUAACCUGUCCUUUCACAUAAUUCUUCCUCUCAAGCCCGACAUGACCUCUGGAAUUGGACACAACACGGAGUGGAGGCAUCAUACAUAAAAUGGAAUAUACCAACAAGAACCCAGAGCCCAAAACUUGGAACCAGGUGGGAUUGUUUGAUGGAGAAGAAUACAUGUUGCACAUGCAGUCUGGGAAUCCUGUCUCCAAGUCAAUGACUUGAAACGCUGGACAUUGUUCAGAUAUGCUAAUAUCUCAUAUUCAUUCAUCAGACAAGAGGUGGGUGCACAAGUUUGAAUUUAUUUUGGAAUUUAUAUAGAAACAAAAUUCUGCACAUAGGUUCAUUACUGUAUACCGCGGGACCUCAGUUAGCGUGUAUUUCGGUUAACUUUGAAAACUUUGCCUCGAUUUGCUUACAUUUGCCAGUUAGCGUACAGUAUGGUGUGCCUCCUGUCAUGUUAUCAACACCGUGUGAGUCCAACUGUGUUCUUAAUUUAUUUUUAUGUACAGUGUAACCUCGGUUAGCGCCUCCCCCGGUUAGCGUGCUUUUCCGUUAACAUUCAAAAUGUAAGCCAAAAUUUGGCCUCUGUUUGCAAAUAUUUUCCUGUUAGCGUACAAUAUGGCGCUCCUCUUGUUGUCUUGUUAAUACACUGCAUGAGUCCAAGUGUGUUCUUAAUGUAUUUUUAUUAAAGUGGAACCUUGGUUAGCGUGUUUUUUGGUUAACGUCGAGGAUCUAUGCCAAACCUUUGCAUACAUUUUCCAAUUAGUGUACAAUGUGGCUCAUGUCUUGUCGUGCUAUUAAAAUGCUGUGCGAGUCCAACUGUUUUCUUAAUGUAUUUUUAUGUACGGUGCAACCUCAGUUAGCGUCCCCCCCGGUUAGCGUGUUUUUCACUCAACGUCCAAAAUGUACUCCCAUUUGCAUACGUUUCCCAGUUAGUGUACAAUGUGGCGCGUGUCUUUUCGGUAGGUAUGAAAGGACAGCAUUGUAUGUGGGAGAAAGGUGGUGUUGCAGACCUCCCCCUCUGUUCAGAGAUGGCUUCCUUCACUCCCCUUCCAAACCCUCUGCCUUCUCUGUCCAGAGUGUGUGCAUUUUUGUCCUCAAAAGAGCGCUCUUUCUCUUUGAGGUGCAGGUAGACCGCAGAGUCUUCACCUGAAGAGUUGUGACAUGCGCCUGCUCAAUGGCUGCUUGGUGUCCCCCAACAUAAAAAUGUGGCUAUGGCGUGUACUGAAGUGAAGUGUGCUGGUAUGCUGCGCUUGUUAAAAUCCUUCUGAGCUUCUCAGACACACAAUCUAGAAAAAAUUCAGGUCUCCAAAGGAUCUAUAUUUGAUUGUGUAUGUGUAAUUUUAGCCGUGAGUAAAUUGGAGAAAAUCCCAAAUAAAUUCAGAUGUCUGCAUCCACUUGUUGUCUUUAAAAAUCACUAAAUGAAGCUUUACAAUCAUUCCAUCUUGGACAAGUAAAUGCAGCGUUAAGUGCCCUAAAUGAAUAUGACAUUCAUGCCUGCAAGCCUGUGACCGCAACCGUAUCAACGGAUAUGCAGUGAAGUUAUGUGUUCAUGCUGGAAUAGAAACCGUUGUCAGUUCAAUCAUUAGAAGCUGAAAGCAACAGUGACUCAAAUUUCCUCCUCUGCGUGUCCACCCUGAGCAUUGAUCGGGCUGUAAUGAGGAAUCCAGUACAUUGGUGUCAUGUCUAUUCCUAAUGUCUUUGCUUUGUGGUGGUUGCUUUCUGGCUGCUGCACCACCAACGCAUCAAAGGAAGUCCAACAUGUCUCGUUCUAGCAGCACAACACCAUUGUUUGCUUUCAUUUUCCUUCGUUAUCACGAAUACAUACUGCAGUCAGAGUUUGGUUGCCUUACAACUGCACCUUGCUGGCAUUUCUUCCAUCAGGCGGGUGGUAGGUCUGAGAGAGAAUGGAGCACGUUAAUCCUGCUGCAGAGCAUCAUGAACAGUUUGUAAUGGCAGCUAAAGUCCCCCAGGCAGAGCGCCACAAGAUAAUUGGAUUUGCAGCUCUUCAACAUUCUGGUGUGCGACUCAGCAAAGCACAAAUUAAUUAAAGAGCGAUAGAGAAAGAUUAUGUUUACCAAUAGAUGCUUGCCUCAAAAAGCAAGUCAUGUCUAGUCAUGUUAGUUGUACGGUGUUGGUGGGAGGAAGCACACGAAAUGGACAAAAGGGUCUGGACGCUACUCUCAAUCAACUAUCAGUCAAGCCCAUCCUGUGGGAUGUGACUGUGCAGAGACUGUUGGUGGACUGCAAAGACCGCAGAGAACUGGUGGUGAAGUUGGGUGUCAUCACAGCCAACCCCCAAACUCCUCAGCUGUGCAAAAAAGCCAUUAAGAACCUCAUGGAGAAGCCCCUGCAUCAUCCGUCCACGCUUGCCGCUUAUCCUCAUUAGGGUCGCGGGGGCAUGCUGGAGCCUAUCCCAGCUGACUUGGGGUGACAGGCGGGGUCCACCCUGGACUGGUGUCCAGCCAAUGGCAGGGCUCAUAUAGACAAACACAUUCACACCUAUGGACAAUGUAGAGUCGCCAAUCAACCUAGCAUGCAUGUGUUUGGAAUGUGGGAGCAAACCGGAGUACCCGGAGAAAACCCCCCCACGCACGGGGAGAACAUGCAAACUCCACACAGAAAUGCCCAACAGAGUUUCCAACCCAGAUCUUCCCAUCUCCUGACUGUGACUGUGUGGCCAACAUGCUAACCAACCAUGCUAGGCGGCAGUAUUAUUGUUUUCAACAAUACCAUCGGGCUCUCACAGUGUCUGCCGAGACCCCGGCCCUUGAAGAAAUGCAACCGAGGCCCCCUCCUCUAGCAUAAUCUACCAGAGAUAUUUACCCUCCUCCUGCUCACCCCAGACUAUCGGAACAAAAACUCAGUUUGUUUUGCUUUUGACGUAACUAAAAUGUACUGUAUGUAUUUUUCAAGUCAAUGUACUGUAUUUGUCUUUAUUUUUCUUAAGCUGCUGUGCCUCCCCUUAAAACUUUGCAAACCACCGAUCAGGAGCAUUUUAAUCACAGAUGCCUGUGUUGAAUCUAAACAUAUUCUUAAGGUCCGCUACAAAUGUGGCCAGGAUAUGACGCAUUUGGGGUUUUGACUGUAGGCGUCCCACCGUGUGUGUCCAUGUGGUGUGCGUUUGUGUUGUCUUUUAAAUGGAAGAACAUCCUCUUGCCGUAGCCAAGCACAUCACAGCUCAAGUGUGGCCUGAAGGGUUGGUGAGGAACUUCUUUCUCGCUUCACUACUGGCUGAUUUAAGAUGGUCCCCUAUAAAUCUUAUUGGGCUUUGAGGGGAAAAAAAAUGUAAAAAUGAGAAAUGUGACAGUUGAAAUGAGGCCAGCGGGGGAUGUUUGCACAAAGGAAUAAUGGAGAUGCUGGCAAUGGGAGCGUUUGAGAAAGCCAUGAGGUCGGUGCAUUGGGAUGUCAGCAGGUAUGGCUUAGGAGCUUACCGAAACAAACAAUUAGGUGAAAAAUGAUUUUUAAACAUACGCCCAACAAUUCAACAGCGAAUGCGAAAGAAAGUCAAGACAGCCGGUACACGCUAAGCCAGGGGGGUGUCCAAACGUUUUCCACUGAGGGGCACAUCAUGAAAAAUGAAACAGAUAAGCUUAGACGUUAUUUAUAUUUCAAGAAAAGAAUGCAUCUCAGCUUUGAGAUGCGAGUGAAAAAGUCGUUAUUAUCAACUUCCUUCUUUGCUCUUUUUUUCCCAUUUUUGCUGUUGCUUUUUUAAAUUGUCCAAAUAUUUCAACUUCUUUCUUGUAAAUUUUCUCUUCAUGUUUUGACUUUAUUCUGUAAAAUUACAAAUGAUUUUUCCAUUUCUGCUGUUGUUGUGGGUUUUUUUACAUUUUCAACUUUCUUCUUGUAAAUUUUCUUCUCUUAUUAUUUGGACUUUAUUCUCAUAAUAUUACAACUUCUUCCCCAACUCAAGUAAGAUGAUACGUCCAGUCCUGUGUGUGUUUUUACUGCUCCCCCUCUGUUGUGUUGAAAAGUGGCAUGGCGUGGGGGAGGAAUGAUCUUCUCAAUGUAUCAGUGGAGCAGGGCAGUGAUAGUAAUCUGCCACUGAAGCUGCUCUUCUGUAGGGAGGUGACGCUGUGCUUUGGAUGAUGCUGGUUGUCCGUGAUGGAAGGGAGCCUCAACAGCGUCCUUUGCUCUGCCACAGAUGUCGGGCUGUCCAGCUUUAUUUUAUUUUAUUUUGCCUGUUUCUCAGAAGGGGCCGC